AUUCUUUUUGGGUUACGGCCAGAUAAAAUCCUUAUAAAUGAAGAGGGUUAAGGUUGAGAAUGGCAUAACGCGAGGUUUAGAAUGUUAAGUGUUAAAAAUAUCGUUGACUAUCACACUGCUAGUCUAAAUACAAUCAGGAGGAAUCGCAAUCUCAUUACUCAUUUCACAGCGGAUGAUAAGUAAAUUGACGUAGCAUAAUUUCCUGCUUUCUCAAUUAGGUUGAUAGAAAAAAGAACGUAUAAUAAGACACCGGAGACGAGAAUAACGGAAUACAUGGAUCAUUCUUCAUAGUACAAUAGUUAUUUUCUCAUAAAUCUUAAUCGAGGAUAAUUAAACAAGGUUUGACCAGCCAAGUACGAAGUAAGAGCAUCAACGAAACUGUGACUAGUAUAUAUAUAAAAACAGCUGCUAUUAUUAGAAAACGCAGCGUAGCAGUUAUUCACAAAGGAAGAACAAUUAAAGAUGAAAUAUAGAGCUAGUACCACGAACAUAACAAGUGAGAUGACAACGGUAUUUACGAACAUAACGACCAGGUAUACGGGCAAUUUGUAUACAACUUUUCCAGAAUAUUUGGCGGGAGAUUUUUUAUUCAAAUAUGUAUCACCGUUUGUGCUCUUCGUGGGAGUCCUACUCAACUGCCUGUGCUUUCUUGUACUGACAUGCACAAACAUGCGCAAGACGAGCUCGAGCGUUUAUCUGUCUGCAUUGGCCGUUUGUGACACGUUUAAUCUCCUCGUAACACUUACAAACCAUUGGUUGAUAAGGCAGUUCCAGUUUUAUUACAGGGACACUGAUGAAAUUAUUUGUCGCCUAAGUCGAUUCUUGGCCUAUUUUCUUGCGCAUAUAUGCGCGUGGUUACUCGCUGCUGUUACUUUUGAGAGAAUGUUCACCGUACUACUCCCAAUUCACGCCAGGGAAUGGUGCACUGUUAGACGUGCGGGGAUAAACAUAACGAUAAUCACAAUCGUUUUAUUGGGGAUAAAUCUAAAUCUGUUAUGGAUACAGGGAUCGGGAGAGGUCACGUGGGAAGGAAAAUUGUACACCGUUGUGUGUUACGUGUAUAAUCAUGAUAAGUACAGACAUUGGCGGAUACAUAUAUGGGUUUGGAUCGAUCUCGUUUUGGCUUCGAUUCUCCCAUUUGUACUAAUCGUCAUUGGAAACGUGAUUAUUAUCACCAGACUCGUGAUGUCUAGAAGAGAAAGAGUAGCAACAAUGAACGUCAGAACUGGUAUCCAGGCGGGUCACUAUGACAGGUCAAGGUCACUAACCGUCAUGCUCAUUGUUGUUAGUCUCGCUUUCAUUUUUCUCACACUUCCGGUCACAAUAUACUAUAUCUUGGACGAAAAAUAUAAUUCAAGCGAUAAACACGUUUCGAAUCAGAUCCUAGCGAAUAUGAAUCUAUUGAGAGCCGUUGCCACUGAAUUAUAUUUCAUUAAUUGUGGAAUCAAUUUUAUUCUAUACUGUGCGACUGGUAGACGUUUUCGCACCAAAAUGAAGACUCUAUUUUGUGGAAGGUGUUACAAAACGCCAAUAACUGCACGAUAUCAAACUGCAACUACAUGUACAUCAUCAACAACGAACGUAUGACAAUUAUGUGAAGCUUGCAGAUCAAUAUGACAUUUGUGUUUAUUCCUUCCGAUUGUCAGCCUUGAUCAAGAUUAAGUUCUACUCUUCAUCUUAGGUUGCUACUGUUGUGCAAUCUAAAGCUGACACACAUAUAAGUUCACAACUUUGUCAAAUUGACAAAUUAAAUGAAUAAAACAUAAACUAAAAAUGCUUGCUGAAACAAAAUAAUACAUUUACAAAUGUACGUCGACAAAAUCUAAGUGAGGGUCUAAAUGUUGAGACUGGUGCUUCAUUCAAAACCUAGCCUCAUUCAAAAAUCUAGCCGCCAGAAGACUUUAAAUUGUAAAUGUUGGACAGCUUUGAGCUAAUUUACAGUCUGUAACAUUGCCUUCCUAGACUAUUCAGUGGAUCGAAAUUGUAAAUAGAAAAAUCGAAAUCCAAGAAUACAUACAGGGUGUUAAAAAA